AUGUCCUUCCUCCACAACCUCUUCAGCUCGCCCGCUAAACCCCCACCCACCGAGAAGCGUAAUGAGCUAGAUAUGCCUAGAGCACACUCGGGUGGGAAGGGUGGGAAAAGGAAGAGAGACGCGUAUGAUCCGGAAGAAUACCAGAACGCUGUUUAUGCUGGUGCGGGUACGGUGGCGGUGAGUGGUGAUAAUGGGUAUGAGCUGGAUGAGGAGGAAGCGGAUGAGGGGGAAGCGGCAGCGCACCAAUUACAAGAUGAAGCUGAAGUUGAGAUUGAAGUGGAUGAUGAGGAUGAAAAUGAUGGAGAUGACGAUGACGACACCCGGCCGUAUGCGACUCCGAAAUCCGUACGCAAACUUUCGCGCGAUUUGUACACUGCUCUGGAAGCGCGUAGGCCUGGUAGUAGGACUGGUAGGACAAAAACGCACGAUGAAGCAGGGGAGACGCUGGCUGGUACAGGUACCAAGAUCACAACAUCACCAUCACCAUCACCAUCACCAUCAAUACGCACAGGCAGCGAGACCGACAACGAAGAAGACGAGAUCAUCGAUGAGAUAAAUUGGUCCAGCAGCGACGACGACUUACAAUUAUCAUUCUCCCCUACCACUUCAUCGGCCGGACCAGACAUGACUGGUACUGGCGAGAUCGAAGUAGACAGACUCAAACACACACCUGUUGGCAAACAACCUAGAUCAAGGACUGGGGCUGUUAGAUUAACGACCACUACUACUCCAUGGCCUAUAACGACCAAAGCUUCAUCUUCACUUUCAUCCGCCAAACCAACCAAACCCAUCACUACACCACAAUCACCUCAGCGCACCAUGACCUCCCCCCUCCCCCUCGCCGCCACCCAUCCUCCCGGGUUUAAAUACCCUUUGGCUUGGCACGAGAAGACACUCGCCGACAAAUGGGAUACAUUCCCCAACCUCCGCGCCCGCGAACUCCACGCUUCACCGCGCCUCAUCCGCGCAGAAUUACCUUCAGAACCACUGUACGCCUUCCGCGACGCAGAGAUAAGGGAUGGGUUGUGGGCACUUAUGAGCGGCAUCGAGGAUUUCUCCAAAAAGUACUUCCCGAAGGGUGCGCACGCUUCCCAUACGAGUAAAGACAAGAAUGGGGAUACCCUAGUGCACAAGAAGUUCUUCGAGACUUUGCUACCAGAGACGGCAAAACUAAUUAAUUGCGUGGCGAGUGGAGGGCCGAGCGGACUAUGGGGAUGGCACGAUCUUUUUGUCAACAAAGAGAAAUUGCAAGCGUUGGUUUGUGCGAUGAUUGGGAAUGUGUUAAGUGAGCAGGUGUUGCAGCAUGCGUUCUUUGGGGGGACGGAGGAGGGUGUUAGAGCUGUUAGCAAGGUGCAGAGGGAAAUGAAGGAUCAGGACGGUUUCACCCGCAACGCCGCCUACGCAUCCACCAUCCUCGCCCACCUCCCCACACCGACAUCCCUCCCUUACAACUUCAACGCCCACGUCAACACCAUCAUCGGAGCACUAUGGACGCACCUCUCGCCCCUCCUCACCCUAGCUCACCCACCUACAUACCCCGCCUCCACACCCCUCCCCAUCCCACCUCCUUCACUCAGCUCCGUCUUCGCAGACCUCCGCCACCUCACCGUUUCCGCAGGCCUCCUCUCCCUGCACAUGCACCUCGAUCCGCACACAGCAUACCACCACGUCCCGCUCUUCAAAGAAGAUAACUAUGAUUCCUCUAUUAUGGAGUGUUGGAACGACCCCUCCAUGCGCCAACGAAACAUGCGGAAUAAGUACGAAGACGUCGAUUUGGAUGAGAAAAAGCGGCGUGAUGCGUUGAGUGAAAGCGAGAAGAAGCGUGCGAGGGGUGAUACGGCGUUGACGCAGAUUAUAUGUUUUAACGGUGUGACUGCGUAUCGGAAAGGCGGGUGGGAGGGUGGUUCGUCUACACUCAGCAAUCCUGUUUACGAGAGGAGGGAGUGGAAGGAUAUGCGUGUACGCGUAAGAGUGCUUACGCAAGGCUUGGUGUAUUGUCGCUGGGGACGGGCGCUUAGUUCGCAGAAGACGGCUUCGUUGGAUAAUGAGACGGGGAAGAAGAUACAUGGGGAUGCGUGGAGAGAGGGUGGGUUUGUGCAGUUUACGGAUGUGGAGGGUGUGUUUGAUUGGUUGGGAAAGGAGAGGAAGGAGAAGGCGGAGGCGAGGAUGGCUGUUUUGGAGAGGAUGGCUGAGAGGGCGGAUGCUGGUGCUGCUGCUGAGGAGACGGUGUUGCAGGCUGAAGGAGCUAAGAAGAAGGGGAAGGGGAAGGGGAAGAGGAAGCCGCGUGGGGAGAUUGGGGACUUUGAUCCGGAUCGUUGA